AUGGGUGACGCACUUGUCGCCCCUCAGCAUGAGACACACACCGCACCCCCAGCGGUUCAAUCUCGCACUGAAAGCGAAUCAGCGGGUGGCAUAGACAGUCCAAACUCGACAGAACCAAAGCCACUGGCAGGGCCGGUGGAGGAAGAAAAGAAAGACUGGCUGCCUCGAUCAUGGGGUCAACCAAAGAUUGCCAUAGUCAUUGCACUCUCGUUGUCUGGAACGAUAUUCCUGGCACUGGUGAUUGCUCUCCCAGUUGCUCUCACGCACCGUCGAAAUCAUGACCAGUCCGUCGCAUACGAGCCAAAAUAUCACCACAAUCACCCUAGCUACCAGUCCAAGGCCAACCGUCCCCUCUUUGCUCUCCACAAUUUCCCAGACCCGAGUCUCCGUCAGCAUAAUGGGACUUGGUAUGCUUUUGCAACGAACCCCAAAAAGAAGAGCCCCAACACCAUCCAUCUGCCCGUGGCCACGUCGACCGACUUUGUGAACUGGACUCUUCACAAGGGAUAUGAUGCGCUGCCAACAAUGGGCGACUGGGAACGAAAGGAAAACCACUGGGCUCCCGAUAUGAUCCAGCGGCACGACGGGAAAUUUGUGGUCUAUUACUCUGGCCUGGUGAAGCACUACGGCAAGCAUCAUUGCAUCGGGGCGGCGGUCUCGCAAGACUCCGAUCCACUUGGGCCAUACAUUCCCCAGAAUGAGCCAUUUGCCUGUCCGCACAAAUACGGCGGCGCCAUCGAUCCCUCACCGUUUCAAGACACGGACGGCACCAUGUAUGUGACGUAUAAAGCCGAUGGCAACACCGUCGGCCAUGGCGGGGACUGCAAUAAUGGCAAAGACCCUCUCGUGCCCACCCCGAUAUUUCUGCAGCAAGUACAGAAAGACGGCGUCACCAAGGUUGGCGACCCGGUGACCAUCCUCGACCGCGAGCAGAGCGACGGCCCUCUAGUCGAGGCCCCGAAUAUAAUCCGCAGCGCAGAUGGCACGUACUUCCUGUUCUUUUCUUCUCACUGCUUCUCGACACUGGGGUACAAUGUCAAGUAUGCCCAUUCCAAAUCAAUCAAGGGUCCCUAUCAGCGAGCUGAUCGGGCCUUGCUCCAAACGGGCGAUUUUGACUUGAAGGCGCCCGGGGGUGCCACGGUUGCGCCUGAUGGGACCAAGAUGGUUUUCCACGCCAAUUGCGGCGGUGCGCGGUGCAUGUAUGUCUCGGGUAUCGACAUCCGCUCUAACCAUACUAUCAUCGUAUCCACGCUUGACCUUCCAUCAAAUUCAGCUGGCGACUCGUGA